GAUGGCCUAUUUAUGGUGGAGUCCACCUGUCCAAGGGCUGGGAUUAAAGGAUAACGAAGCAAGGCCACCAGGCUUCUAUGUUAAAACCACUUUACAAAGGCCUAAUUCCAUUCUUUCUUCCAAGUGUCGCAAUAGAUUCUCUUCUUCUUGGCUUUUUCCUCCUUCAUUUUCCCACCACCACCACCUCCAUCACCACCCAACUUCUCUUUUUGAAAACACCUUUUCCUCUUUCUUCCUCUCUCUUCCAUAUAAAAACCUCUUACCGUCUCCUUCCAUGGCUGAAGAAAACCAAACCCAAACGAAAAUGACUGGAGACAACAAAACCCAACACCCCAAAACCAAAGACAUGGCACCCAUGUAUUCCCCCAGCGACACUCGCCGCAUCAUCUGUGCUGCUCUCGGCAUCCUCUUCCUCCUCGCUGGUGUAACAACCCUCGUCCUCUGGCUUGUCUACCGCCCAUCGAAGCCGCACUUCAACGUUGUCGGCGCCGCCAUCUAUGACAUGAACACCACAUCCACAUCGAUGAUCUCCACCACCAUGCAAUUCACGAUAACCGUCAGUAACCCCAACAAACGGACUUCAGCAUAUUAUGACAGACUGACGGCAUUCGUAUCAUACCGGAACCAGGCAAUUACGACGCCGGUGCCACUUCCGACCUUGUACCAGGAGCCGGAGAGCACUGUGGCACUGUCACCGAUGAUGGGGGGAGUGAUGGUGCCGGUGUCGAGGGAGGUUUCGGGGGGAUUGACGGUGGAUGAGGCAUAUGGAGUGAUGGGACUGAGGUUGGUGGUGUUGGGACGGGUGAGAUGGAAAGCUGGGCCAUUUAAGAGUGGGCAUUAUGGGAUGUAUGUGAAAUGUGAUAUGUUGGUGGGGUUGAAGAAGGGGUUUGUGGGACAGGUGCCUUUGCUUGGGUCUCCUGAUUGUAGUGUUGAUCUUUGAGAUUUGUCAGGUUUUCUCUCUCUCUCUCUCUCUCUGUUUUUUUUUUUUUUUUCGUUGGUGUUUGUUUCGUAGAUGGGUUGUGUAGGACUUUGUAUACCAUCCCAUGAAAGAAUGAAAGAAAGAAAGGUAGAAGGAAAGUUUAGUA